GCGGAGAGGCUCCCCGGUCCAGCCUGAAGGCCCGCAGGGAGGGCAGGAGGCGGCCUCCCCCAUCUCCCCUUGCCGCAAAAGGAGCCCCUCGGGUGGCCCCUGGGAUGAGGGUCUCUCGCCUGAGUUUGGGGGCUCCCGGGGGAAGAGCCACAGCAGGGGCCGCGGUCCGGCCACCCCCAUUGCCAGCAGCCGUCGCCUCCCGGGUGAGCGCUUGUGGCCAUCACUGGCCCGUUGUGCUCCCUCCUCUUUUCUUUGCAGGUGUCCCGGGAGGCCGAGGGCCUGCUUUUCAUGGCAGCGACAGAAGGCUCUCCCAGCCCCCUGCGUCGGUUAGCGGGGCUGAACACCCUGUCGGAGGAGGAGGACGACCAUGGCUACCCUGCGGAAGGCUUGUCUUUGGGCUGCGAUGGGGAUCUGGAGGUGAACCCUUAUGAUGGGCUGCCCUUCUCUUCUCGCUACUAUGAGUUGCUGCACCAGCGCCGCAGCCUUCCCGUUUGGGGUGCCAAGUUCGUCUUCAUGGAGCAUCUGGAGAGGGGUGCUGGCAUUGUCUUGGUCUCCGGGGAGACAGGCACCGGCAAGAGCACGCAGGUGCCCCAGUGGUGCUCGGAGUACGCCCUCUCGCGGCAGUUUGCCCACGGGCAGGUGGUCUGCACGCAGCCCCACAGCCUGGCCGCCCGCAGCCUGGCCCUGCGCGUGGCGGAUGAGAUGGACCUCAACGUGGGCCACGAGGUGGGCUACGGCGUCCCGUUUGAGGACUGCUGCACCUCCGAGACUCUGCUCAGGUUUUGCUCAGACGAGGUCCUGCUGCGCGAGAUGACAUCGGACCCACUGCUGCGGCAGUUCGGGGUGGUGGUGCUGGAUGAGGUCCAGGAGCGCGCAGUGCCCACGGACUUGCUGCUGGGGCUGUUGAAGGACGCAUGGCUCCAGCGCCCGGAGCUGCGCCUGGUGGUGGUGACGGAGCCGCCGCUAGAGGAGCCACUGCGCCGCUUCUGCCGGGACGCCUCUGUGGUGCGGGUGCCGGCGCCCCAACCGGCCCCGCGCUUGGCGUACCAGGAACCCGCCCCGGGCAAGCACGUCUCGGCGGCCUGCCAGGCUGCGCUGGCCCUCCACCAGCAGAGGGAGUGCGGGGACAUCAUGGUCUUCCUGGCCAGCGAGCAGGAGAUCAGCGACUGCUGCGAGGCCCUCCGUGUGGAGGCGGCGGCGUUGGACCCCGGCCUGGGCCCCCUGCUGGUGCUGCCCCUUCACCCCGGCGUGGGGCGAGACGUCCAGAGGGUGUACGAAGCCGGCGUGGAGCAGCCAGGCAGAGGCCCGCCACGCAGGAUCAUCGUCACCCACUGGCUGGCGGAUGCCGCCUUCUCCGCCGGCAGCGUCAGGCAUGUGGUGGAUGCCGGGCUGCAGCUGCGCAGCGUGUACAACCCGCGCAUCCGGGCCGAGUCGCAGGGCCUGCGUCCCAUCAGCAAGAGGCAGGCAGAGGCACGGAGGCUCCGGGCUGCCGGGGAUCCCCCAGGAUCCUGCCUGCGCCUGUACUCCGAAGCCACCUGGGAGGCGGGGCUCCCAGCCCUUCCUCCCGCCCCCAUCGCGGAGGCGGAGCUCAGCCGGCGCGUGCUGCUGCUGAAGAGGCUGGACAUCGCGGACAUGGGCCAGUGCGACUUCCUGGACCGGCCAGCCCCGGAGUCCCUCAUGCAGGCCCUGGAGGACCUGGACUAUCUGGCUGCCCUGGACGACGACGGGAACCUCUCCGAGGUGGGCAUCAUCAUGUCGGAGUUCCCGCUGGAGCCCCAGCUGGCCAAGGCCCUGCUGGCGUCCUGCGAGUUCGAGUGUGUGGACGAGAUGCUCACGCUGGCCGCCAUGCUGACCGGUAGGGGCCUGCGGGGCCUGCCCCCACCCCGGAGCUCAGCUCCUGCAAAGAGGAGCCCCCCAGCCAGCCCCGGGGAAGGCGCAGCGCGGCAGCGGAGCCUCCUGCACCCCGCCGGGGACCACUUCACCCUCAUCAACCUCUUCAACGCCUUCCGGCAGCAGAGCGACCCAGAGAGCUGGUGCCGGAAGCACGCGGUGAGCGAGACUGCGCUGCGGCUGGCUGGGGCCGUGCGGGCCGAGCUGCUGGAGGUCAUGCGGCGCAUCGAGCUCCCCGUCUCCCCGCCGGCCUUCGGCACUGACAGCAACGCCCUGAGCCUGAUGCGUGCCCUCCUCUCGGGCUUCUUCCUCAAGGUUGCCCAAGACAUCGACGGCUCCGGGAACUACCUGCUGCUGACCAACAAGCAUGUGGCCCAGCUGUCCCCCAGCUGCUGCUACCGGCUGCGGCGGCCUCCCCCGCGGCCUCCCCCGUGGCUGCUUUACCACGAGUUCACCAUCUCGCAGGAUAACUGCCUGAGCAUUGUCUCUGAGAUCCAGCCAAAGAUGUUGGCCGAACUGGCCCCCCAGUAUUACCUGAGCAAUUUGCCCCACAGCGAGGGCCGGGAUCUGCUGCUGGAGCUGCGGGAGGCGCUGGUGGGGGCCGCGGAGGUGCCCCCACCGCUGCAGGACGAGGAGCCGCAGGCCCCCAGAGCCGCUGCUCAGGAUGGGGAAGAAGACGCCUGUGUGCUGCAGUGAGCUGGGAGCGAGGCUGGUCUGCAUCAGCUCAGGCCCAGGCGAACCCUCUCGGCACCGGAACAAAGCGGGCCAGUCUGCGGCUGGGAAUCGGCCCCAGUGCCUCUGGGAGCGGCAGGACCCGUGGGGUGCCCCGCAGAGCUGGUGCAAAGCCCCCAGCCUCCAGGGCCUUGUUCUCUGGUGGGCUGCUUCCGGGGGGCCUGACCGGGCUGGCAGUGGCCGGACACCAUGGGGUGCGCUGGUGGCGGGGUCCUCGCGCUGCGGGUGGUGUGCCUGGGUUGUGGGCAGGCUGCUGGUUGCGGGGCUCAGCCUGUUGGCAGGCUCAGUGGAGGAGCGGAGGAGCUUCAGCGGUCCGAGCUGGGAGGCCCAGGCCUGUGGGAGGGAGCGGCGGGGCUUCUUGGGGCGUCUGCUGCCCUUCCCGAAACGCUUCUGCCUUGGGUGCUGCGCUGCUGGCGGGCUGAUGCUGCUCCUGGGCUGGAAGGGGUUGGGCUGGGCUGGGCUGGGCCUGGGCCGUCGUUCACCAGGCUGGGGCCCUUCUUGCCCGCUGUGCUGAGCUCCUGCCUGCUCGAGGUCUCGGGGAGGAGGAGGGAGCCGAGCUUCCCGGGGCCGCGGGGGGUGCCUUUCCCCGCAGGGAUCGGGUCCUCACCGGGCGUAUGGCCUAUUCCUGAGUUGUCACUUUUGGUGGCUGAUCGUGGUUGGAACACGCCCAUCUUCUCAGGCUGCUACUGAAAUGUGCUCCACCAAGCAAAUUAAUUAAAAGGCUCUCAGCACCAAAA